CAAACAAUCUUGGGGUUUCUAACUAGGGAGGAUGAUGGGCAGUGGGUACCCAUCUGUCCUCCCACUCUUGGCAUGGCAGAGGAGGAGUAUGACUAGGCUGGUGUUGUUGGUGAAGAACUUGGGCAAGAGUGCCGAAGAAUGCUUCAUGUUCCCAUGGCUUUCUCAUGACAUUGCAAAAAGAGCCGAUAAAGCUGCCCCUCCUAAGAGGUCGGUUAUGGGUAAGAGGAAAAGUGUUGCCCAUCCGCUUAAGAGCAGACGAUGUAGAACUUCUACUUCGUCAGCCAGCAAGCAAAGUAAGGUUAAAGCGCCCACACCCUCCAAGGAAAAAGAUACAAGUUGUGACAGUGAGAGUGAUGAGAGUUCCUGGGGUGAUCCAGAUCCUGAGGUGAUUGAGCAGAUCAAGAGAUUGAGACCUAUUUGUGGCGAUAAACACUUGGUGAGAAGUAUUAUAAUUCAAGCGCUUCAUUUUAGUGAAGGCUUUGGUUCGAUCCCUAUUCCUGGUGACGAUAAAGUUCCGUCCAAGUUUGAAAAGGCCAAGUGGGUGGAAGCCUUGGCAAUGAACAUGGAGGAAGCCUUGGCGAACCCUGAAGUUCACCGAAAAAUUAUGGCUAGUGAAAUAGGUGAGCCUCCACUUCCCAACGACAUAUUUAAUGUUGUUGACUCUAUCAUUGAUUGGACUGAUCCUACAUCCUUCACAACCGAGUCAAUGAAGAAGGCUAAAGCCAACGAAGUUCCGCUACAAAAGCCUACUAUGACUAGGGGAGGUGUAAAGGUCUCAUAUGGCACCCCUAACAUGACAAAGAAGCUUGAAACAAUGAAGACUCAGCUAGAAGUGACGGUAUUGAAGCCGCGUCCCAUUAGCAAACUACCUCCUUUUAGGGCUGGUGACCUUGAAUUGGUUCCAAGGGGAUUUAUUCCAGCGAGGAAAACUAGUGCUGCUAGCAGUGAGAAAGUUGUGCUUCUAUUCACUUUGCUAGGUGUUGAAAAGGAUGAGGCCAAGGCCGCAAUCAGUGUUGAUAAAGAAAAGGGAAAGAAGGUCACCAAGGGGCAAAGUUGCAGGCUUUCAAGCAGCAUUGACAUGAACAGGGUUGCCCCCAAAGAAUUCGAAUCAGAUGUGGGCGAUGCUACAAAGAAAUUCGUCUCCAGCAAGGCAAAAUGGACACUGGCACGCCAGCUACUCAAGAAUCUUGACGAGAUGAAUGAAGACAAGGAUGUCUCACUGGCCCGAUUCGGCUUAAUGCCCCUAGGUAGCUCACGAGCAAUGGGCAGGUUUGCAGUGCCUGCAAUGUUGGAACGAUGGGCAUGCCAGUUGUUAGACAUUUUUCCAAAUCUCACAAUGUGCAGCAAGGCCAAGAAGGUGGUGGUCGAGGACGCCUUUUCAAUCCUUUGUGUGACCAUGCAGCACAUGGAGGUAACUCCCUUUGCUAAAAUGAAUGAGGAUUUCUUCUAUCUGUGUGGGGAUGCCCUUGACGAUGCUAAGAGUAUAAACUUUGAAGUCAAUGCCCUUUGCACUCAUUUAUCAACCUUGGCAAAGGCAUACCUUGGGAAGACUGAGUUCGGCAUAGCCAAAGGUGACAUGGCUGAGGGCUUGGAUGAGUGAAUCAGGGAGCAGGUGAAGCAUAUUAAAGAGAUGGAGAAGUCUUUGGCCGAGACAAGAGAACUUGUCAUCAAACUGGAAGUAGGAUUAAUGUUAGCCAAGGCAUACCUAGGAUCGCUCAAUCAAGAAAAAGAACAUUUGGAC